AAGACGCCGAUUUAAGAAUGCCAACCUAUUUGCGGUACAACACGGUAAACAGAGCUUUAUCAGCGUAUCGUAAAUUCAUCUGGCGAACGCUGAAAAUCGGUUAAACAUAUAGCAUCGGCCCGGGACGUCACCGUUGCCAGUGGGAAUGUGGAUCUCAUCGAGUACUUUUCCGAAGGUUCGCAAUAUAUCGCUGCGCUACACGGUGCCCCGUGCGGUUUAGUUUCGGUUUAGUACGGUUUCGAAAUCCCUCGAGCCAAUAAUUAAUCUUCGAACUGCCGGCCGAGAGACGUUCACGGGACCCGUAAUCGGCUAGAGACAGGAAAUUAAAGCAAUGGCGGAGAACGAGACGGGGCCGGACAUGCUCGGGCAUCCGCUCAGGCAGCUCACGUUCGGAUGGACCGACUACACGCUUUUCAGCGGCCUGCUGGGGGUCAGCGUUCUGAUAGGGAUUUAUUUCGGCUGCUUCGGCAAGAAACAGGAUAAUACCACCGAAUAUUUGCUCGGAGGGAAAUCAAUGACUUGUUUCCCGGUUAGCAUGAGUCUGGUAGCAAGUCACAUAUCGGCGGUCUCUUUGCUGGCCGUACCCGUCGAGGUGUAUCAAUACGGCACGCAAUACGCUGCCUGUAUUUUUACGUCCUUCAUAUCGUGCGGCAUCAUCUCCAUUAUCUACAUGCCGGUUUUCUACCAGCUCCAGCUGACCAGCACAUUCGAGUAUUUGGAGAUGAGAUUCACUAGGCCGGUCCGCACGUUCGCCUCGUUCCUCUACGCCCUCUCGUUGAUCAUUUACGUCCCCUUGAUCAUUUACGUGCCGGCGUUAGCGUUCUCCCAGGCGACAGCGAUCAACCUGCACCUCGUCACGCCGGUCAUCUGCAUCGUGUGCAUAUUUUACACAACGAUCGGCGGUUUGAAAGCCGUUGUAUGGGCGGACACCGUUCAAAUGACCGUAACGUUGGGAAGCCUCUUCGCCGUGCUAAUGCUGGGAAUCAUUUCCGUCGGAGGUGUGGCCGAAACGUGGAGACUGGCGGAAGAGGGUAACAGAAUCGUAUUUUGGAACAUGGAUCCCAGUCCGUUCGUCAGAAACUCGUGGUGGAGUAUGUCGGUGGGUAUGACGAUGAAUUGGUUGGCGGGCCUCGGCAUCAGUCAAAUGUCGAUCCAACGAUUCCUGGCGGUACCGAACAUCAAAGAAGCACACAAGGCAAUCGGCUUUUUAUCAAUAUGCCUGGUGGCCAUAAAAUGGGUGUCGGUGUUCACUGGGCUGGUAAUGUACGCCAGGUACCACAAGUGUGACCCUAUAAGCACUGACGUAAUCACGAGGAGCGACCAAUUACUACCGUAUUACGUGUUGGACGUUGCCGCGGGUAUUCCAGGACUGCCCGGUCUCUUUCUGGCCGGUCUCGUCAGCGCCGGUCUUUCCACGAUGAGCGCUAAUUUGAACACAGUAGCUGGAACAAUUUACGAGGAUUUCAUCGAUCCCUGGUUGCCGGAGAGCAACGAGAAGGAGGGUAGGGCAGCGACGAUCAUGAAGGGUAUCGUGGUCGUCGUGGGAUUAGUGUGCGUCGCGCUCGUGUUUCUCGUCGAUCGGCUGGGCGACAUUUUCCAAGCUUCCCAGACAUUGCACGGCGUCACGUCCGGCGCGAUGCUGGGCAUCUUCACUCUAGGAAUGCUGGUGCCGUGGGCAACGUCGACGGGCGCGAUCAUCGGCGGACUGCUCUCCAUGUUUCUCAUGGUUUGCAUGAUCGUCGGUGCUCAGGUGAACGUGGCGAGCAAACGGUUGUACUAUCCGCCGCUCCCCGCGUCCACGGAGGGCUGUUUCGCCGCGAACGGCUCGUUUCAUCACACGAUCGACAACCAGACAGUCACGAGUUCGUCGAGUCCCGACGAACAGCCUUUCAUUCUGUUCACCUUGUCGUUCAUGUAUUACACUCUGAUCGGUAGCAUGAUAGUGGUGGUCGUGGGCACCGUGGUCAGUUUCCUGUGCGGCCCUUCGGACUUGAAGGAGGUCGACAGAAAUCACUUUCCUCCGAUCGUUCAAAGAUUUCUGCCGUCGAGAAAGUACACGGAGGUGCCGCUGCACUCGAUACCGAACACGUUGAUCACCAACCCGGAGAAAGAGAAGAUCAGCGCGUGAACCGGUGGGGGGUCGUUGUUCCGAUUCUCCUCCCGAUAUCGCGUUUCCGAGAGCGAGACAGAACGGAGCGUUGCUUUGCAAGCGAAUAUCGGUGCGGUGUGUUAAGAACAAAUUCUCGCGCGAUAAGCAUCUACCGGGGCGGGGAUCGGCCGGUACGGUCCCGUCCUGCUCGUCCCGAGAAAGCCGCGCAUAACUGGUCCGGGCCCGUCCCGGGUUGAAAGCACCCAUUAGGCACUCGAUGAGGGUGUCAAAUUGACUAGAUUAUAUAUCUGUCCCUCGCAUCUCAAUACAAACAACUCUCCCAAACAUCUGGAGGAAGGAUGCCUAUCGGAUUAGGGACCGAUGCAAAUGGGGAACGGUGAUUUUUGUCGGCCGAUCCGUCGAGUCCGGCCGAAGAAAUCCGCGAAAGAUCGAUCGCGACGAAGGAGCCGCGGGGCGGCGAUACACGUGUCCGCGGUCAUUCUUUCCAUUCUACUCCGCGAAACUUAAGAAACACGGUCCAAUUGGAUGGAGUUACGAGCAAUCCGAGCGAAUUUAUUUCCACGGCGUUUUCCAUCGCGCCGCGAGUCCGUUUUCAAUCAGGCGUACAGUUGUUUCGCGUCGUUAUAAAAACUUCGCCGCCCUAUAAACGGGCGGAGCCGUGCGCGAUACGGUUCGGAAACUUGCGGCGCGAUUUAUCGCCGAACGGUUCACCGUUCCCGGUCAUAAUGGAGGAGAAGACUUUGGAGCUGCAACGAAAAAUCGGCAACGGAGAUAUACGCGCGUAUCCGUGUAUAGAUUACGCACAGGCAGACCCCGGGGAACAGCAUAAAGGAGAAGUUUACGGGAAUGGCUCGAGCGCGAUAUAAUCGGUCACGGUUGACCGAUCCGGAUGCGUGGCAAACGCGGCUUUCUAAAGUAUAGGCACCGCGAUAUUAUUAAGUGUUAACGUUCGCAUAACCGUCUGCGUUCCGCUCAUUACGGCGAGGUACCGGUUCGCGAUACUUCCUUCGCGAAGCGUUCCAACGAUCCUCUUUCUUUCUACAAAAAAGUAUCGUCCGGAGGUAGGGCUGGCGGCGGUCGACAACGAGAUAAGGAUCGCGCGACGACGCGCGCGACCAUCGCGAGGGGACGGUUCGACGACGAUGCGACUAACCCUUAUCAAGGGGCUCGGGAUGCCAUCCUCGGCCUCGGAGGGACUUCGGCCGCCGACUGAAGGAGGAGGACGAGUCCACCGGGGAAACGGCACUUCUGUCUCGAACCGGAGGACCACAUUCCACCGAACCAUUUUAUUUUAUUGGACUGAAAGGUGUCAAAUAUAGGUGGUAAAGGCCCACCUACUUGCAUUCCUGCCGGCGACCGUCCUUCUUUCUCCACGACCCGUUUUCUACGCGUAGCCCAAGUACUCGGGGAGGGGUGGAGGGCUGGACUCCGGCCCUCCAUUGUGCUCCGGUGACAGAUUUUUGACAGAUUCCGUCCGAUUCGGUGUCGAGUGACGGAGAUCCGAGAGAGCCCGAUAUCUCGACGCAUUCUCUCGCGGUUAACUAACAUUCUACCCGAGUCGUUCGAGAUAGAUGUUUCGUGUUUGGUUAGGGAAACGUCGCGGUAGAACGUGCCGCGAUCGUAACGAAGGGGUGGGCAGGGUGAAGCGUACAAGAAACGGGAAGCACGGUGUACGAGGCACGACACCGAAGCCUAAACGAGGUGCUCCGGGAAUCGCACGGCUGGAUGAUUUUCUAAUCAAUAAGAGGCGAGGAUGCGAUCGUUCUCGUAUAACCGAAGAUUAACAUACCGCGACGAGGAGAAGAGCAAAAGAAAACGGACCGGGCAGAGUUCCUACUCUGGAAGGCAAAGGGGAAAAAAGAAGAGUAUCCGAGGAGAAACGAGGAUGGCUCGUACGCACGGUUAUAUAGAUGAAGCUACUGGACGCGACGCGACGCGACGAGACGAGACGCGACGAGACGAGACGAGACGAGACGAGACGAGACGAGACGAGACGAGACGAGACGAGACGCUGCCAACGUUUGGCUUAGGUUCUAAUCUCUCCCUCUUUCUUCCUCCUUGAUCGUUCCUCGUCCUAGUGGAACCGUACCACGGGGUUCCCCGGUUUUUGUGAGGCGACGGUAUACGCGCAAAAGCGCAUAAAAGCUGAGGGGGCCGUACGGUGUGGGAUACGGCUUAUUUCAGCGACAAUGCUUAGGGCCAGGCGCGAGCAUAAAAGAGCAUAAUGCACCCUGCUAACGUGAAAAUUAUUCUGUCAAACAUUCGGACGUCGGAUUACGGCGGCGACCUCGUGUCCUCCCAGGACACGCUUGCUUUUUCAGAAAAGGCACGGUUAACGGAUACACGCAUACGUAUACGUCCCCGUAUAAACGUAUACAGAGUAUACGAACACGAACGCGCGCGCCUGUGCGUGUCGCGUGUGCUGGACGCUGCCGUGCGUGUGUGUAUACGUAGACCGUGCAGAUGCCGAAAGGAUUUCUCGGUCAACGAGACGAUCGCUGAUUUACGCGUCAACUCCGGACGGUGGCAAAUUGGGAGGUCGUCCAGGGAACGCGAAAUUUAUCGAUCCAUAAAAUCCGAAUGUUAUGCGGCAUUUAAGGAAAGGGUGAUGCUAACGCGAUGAUAUAAUUCACAUUGCGCGGCUGGUAUCUUGCCGGCGGUAUUAUUGUUUUUCCAUGCUCACGCCUAGACCGCAACAGGAUCUCCCUUUAUUUCUCGUAUAUUUCGCUCGGUCGCUUGCUCGCUCGCUCGCUCGCUUGUUCGCCAGAUCGGCCGCCUGCUCUCGCACCUUUAUUUUCGUUCGCGUGUUAUACGGCUAUUUGCGUCCACAGCCAUCCCCUUUCUGGCAUCGAGUACGUAAACAGACUCUAUGAAAAUGAAUGGCAAAGUCCGACCGUGUCUCGCACGCCUCUCGUGUUCUCGAAAGCGGAGUGCGCACCCUGGGGGAACGGGGGACGGCGAGAUGCAAUAGAAACCGAGAUCGGCCGGGCUGCAGACACACGGAAUAUUGUGACAUUUCUUUCUUGGCUGACAUUGAAUUUUCGGGCUGGCAACGCGGUGCCCCAACCGCACGCACGGUACACCCGUACCUAUAGAAUAGAACACGAUAUACCUAUCUACCUACCACCCUCCCUCUUCUGCGCGCCAGGUUCCCCUUUUCCCUAUACCGAUACAACCGGCCGUACCCCGGCUGCUCGUACAAACAAACAAACAAGCAAACAAACGAACCAACGACCGAACGAACGAACGAACGAACGAAUGCCUCCUGGUUCCAUCCGUGAGGCUUACACCCGCCGCAAGGAAUACGUGUCAUCCCGUUGGAACGCUUCGUCGGACGUACGUCCACAAUAGAAUAUUUUGAUCCGCGAUUCUCGGAACACCGCGUACGAAUGAAUUUCGCAUUCUCUUCGCGUCGCGUGCACGCUGAAAGCUGCACGCGAGACCUACAGCAGUUUGCAUGGAAAUGCGUUCAAGGCGAAAACCUCGUUGCCGCGCCGCGCCGUGAGCACUCGAACAGUUAACCAUUGUAAUUAGUCUUCGGUCGCAAGGUAUAAACGGAAUCGCGAAAAUUGGAUACAGCGAGUUUCCAACGAGCCUUCCGAUUCGACGGAUCGUUCCUCGGCCGAGCCUCGCGGUCUCGUUUUUGUCGGAGACGUCUCGGACUCCCUUAUCCAACUGUUGUAAAGAUCACCGGCAAACCCCCUUGGUCACCGUCGGCCAUUUUCCUGCGACCCCUUUGACCGUCCUCGUUUACCACCUCCUUCGAAGGACUGGGUGGUUUUCAGAGCGGCGAUCGAAGUAGGCCGGAGGGUUCUAAUCUGUCGGAAAUUCUGUUUCGAGUCUGCGAGAGACAGUAGAAAAAAAAUAUAUUACUUCGA